GGUUGUCUGUCGGGGAAGAGCUAAAAUACAGGUGAAUUGGCAGUAUCGUUUUACUUAGAGUAAUUGAAACUUCAUGGGUACAGAAAGGGGUUGGACAAUGCUGGCUUUUGAAGAGGUGGGCAUUGGAUUGCUAUCACUCUUGUGCUUAACUGAUGCCAGAGUUAUCUACAACAAUGUGUUCCUGGUGGAGGACACUGCUAUGUCGUUCUUAUCCCGUUCCCUCCUCUACAACAACUGGGACUUUGAGCUGGUGGUGCCUGGCAACCUGGAGAGGGAGUGUAUGGAAGAGAUAUGUAACUAUGAGGAGGCACGGGAGGUCUUUGAGGACAAAACGCAGACGGAUAUAUUUUGGAAAACAUACUCCAGUCAAGACACUGUACCUGUGGUGGAUGUAUCAGGCCUUGUAGCUGGGAUCCUGGCUCUGCUUGUCAUUGCUGUUUUUGCCACAGUCCUAGGCUGCUACUGUUACAGAACAAGGAACAAGGGUAUAAGGAGAGGAGGCAGUGUUCCAGUGCGGAUGCCAGCAGAUGCCCGUUUGCCUCCUGAGUCAGUGCCCUUGUCUGGAAUAUUAGUUCCUGGACUGCCUAGCUACAAUGAGGCCAUCACUCGCAGUGGCCAGCACGAUGCACCCCCACCCCCUUACUCUGGGGGGGCCCCAUCUGAAGCACCGGAUCAAACAGAGGACUGAAAAGGUGAAGAUGAUGAAAAGGUUAAGGACUGAGAGAGAGGGAUUGAUUACAGGGACAUGAGGAUGGUUUAAUGUGAGCAAGAAGUUGUACAACAUUUCAACUGUUAUGUGUUUUGAGGUUGAGAUGAAAAUAUGUAACAUGCAUAUAAGAGGUAGACAAUGAAGAAAUAGCACAGAAAUGAGAUCAAGGAACAGAAGGAACAAAAGAGAACGAGGCUUGUACUAAAAACUGUCAUCCAAAUUCAUUUAUAUGUGAAUUCCACAAUUGUACAUUGUUUUCUUUUAUGUUUGUAAUUCACAUAUUUAUUAUUUAUCUGCAACUCCUACCUGAAAAUGUUUCUACACGUGUCUUCCAUAUUU